AUGGCAAAACUAUUUGGCGUAGCAUACGCCAAAAGUGCUUUGGUUCAGAAUGCAUCUAUGAUCCAAAUGUUUUUGGAGAAGAAGAUCAUGCUCGCUCCUUCAACUAUGACCGACCGUACUCUUCCUGACGCACCGUCUACUAAGACCGAAGCGCUUGCAGCGAGCCUUACGCCAUUUCAGAUUAGAUCUAUUCCAACUAUGGCUGCUCCUAAAACAGGCCGCAAACACAAGAGGCAGGAAUCAGAAGUGUUGACGUCUACUCCCGUCAAAGCUGAACAAGCAUUUAAGUUUAAGAAGGCAAAUAUUAAGAAGACCAAGAUUUCUGAGUUAGAAGGCCCCAGAAAAACUAAAACUAAAAGAUCCUCAGUC